GACAUUCAGUCAGAAGUAAGAUUGUUGAUGGAUGCUUUUUCCACAGGGUCUUCAAGGUCAGGCUGGUCCACAGGGUCUCAAAGGUGACAUGGGGUCCGAGGGUCCAGCAGGUAAUAGAGGACAACAAGGCAUUGAAGGGCCCAUGGGUGCAACUGGAGAUCCAGGUCCAAAAUGCUUUCCAGGUGUCACAGGCAAUAGGGGACCAGAUGGAGAGAAGGGUGACAGAGGACCCCAUGGGAAAGAGGGACCAAAAGGAGCGGCAGGGAUCAUGGGUCCUCAGGGUGAGAGGGGCCAGCCAGGCCUCCACGGCUUACCUGGUGUCAAAGGUCAGCCAGGUGCUCCAGGUCACCAGGGUAUAGAUGGUGAAGUGGGUCUACAGGGAACACUUGGAAAAGAGGGUCAAAAGGGCAGUAGGGGUGAACCUGGCGAUAAUGGAAGAACAGGACUCAGAGGAUCAAGAGGUCGAGCAGGCCAACAUGGCCCAUCUGGUGUACCUGGAAUAGUGGGUUUAAGAGGUCCAGUUGGUGAUGAGGGACCAGAAGGAAAGCCUGGUACACAGGGUGUUUCUGGUUCAGCUGGAAGCCCAGGGGAUAAAGGACUUGAUGGCUUCAAGGGCAUGACUGGAGAACCAGGAAAACAAGGCCACCCAGGCUCACAGGGCCUAUCUGGACGACCAGGCCAGGAUGGCAUCCAGGGCCCUCCUGGUGAGAAGGGCUUUACUGGAAAACCAGGCAUGGCAGGGGCUCAAGGGCCUGUAGGCAUGUAUGGUUAUCCAGGAGCUACAGGCCUUCGUGGACUGCUAGGUCACAUUGGGGAGAGGGGUGAACCUGGCAUCAGGGGACCCCUGGGUCCACCAGGACAAAGAGGGCCACCUGGUUUCUCAGGCAUACCUGGUGAGAGGGGCCCACGUGGACCACCGGGUCACCGAGGGGAAACAGGACCAUCUGGUUUGCAAGGACUGCCAGGGCCCUCUGGUCUGCCAGGGACUGAAGGUGUAGCUGGGACGCCAGGCCCCUCAGGGAGCCAGGGACUUCGGGGGCCACAGGGAAAACAGGGACCAGUUGGAUUGCCAGGUUCACUGGGAACAAGUGGAAUGGUUGGUCAAGCAGGAGAGAAGGGAGGGCAGGGUUUGCGAGGCCCUUCAGGCGACCAUGGAUCUUUAGGAUUGGAUGGAGCACAGGGCAAUCCUGGUCCAGUUGGUUUUGAGGGUCCAAUAGGGCAAAAAGGGGAACAUGGAUCACCUGGACCCAUUGGUAGGCCUGGUCCAAAUGGACAUCUGGGAGAACAGGGGCCUCAGGGCUCUCAUGGAAUUCAGGGCGCACCAGGACCACAUGGUAAAGAGGGAGGUAUUGGACCUCCAGGUGAUAUUGGAGAACCUGGGCCUAAAGGACAAAAGGGUGACCCUGGACAUCGGGGGUUCUCCGGACGCCAAGGCCCAUCUGGAUUUGUGGGGGACAGAGGAGAUCGAGGAGUGAGGGGGAACAAAGGCUACAUUGGUCUACAAGGUCAGAAUGGAUUGAUGGGAAAGACUGGUCCAUCUGGUUUAAUGGGUCUAGAGGGUUUGAUGGGCCUUCGGGGACCACCAGGACAAAAUGGUUCACCAGGCCCAAAGGGGGGAACUGGAUCACCUGGGGUGCCUGGCUAUCCAGGGGAUCAAGGCAAUCGGGGAGUAGCUGGGCAGAGAGGCUUGCAAGGGGUUAUGGGGAAGACAGGAACUCAGGGAGCUGUGGGUCCCAGAGGCUCUGAGGGCUUAUUGGGUCCAAAGGGUAUGCCAGGACAAGAGGGACCUAAAGGUGAACCAGGAAGACAAGGAAGUCCAGGGCAGAUGGGACCACCGGGCCUCCAUGGCACUAAAGGACACUCAGCAUUACCAGGAAGGGAGGGACUUCCAGGGGAAAUGGGAGCUCAGGGCCCUAUUGGCCCACCAGGGCCACAAGGUCCAAAUGGCAAAUCUGGGCCUCAGGGAAGGGAUGGACCGAAAGGUCAGAAGGGAAAUUAUGGUCUAGAUGGACCUUUUGGAAAAACUGGGCGUGUAGGGGAGAGAGGGAAGAAAGGAAAAGCAGGUCAGAGGGGUCUCAGAGGACCUAGAGGGGAGAAGGGCCGACAAGGAGCAAUGGGAAAGACUGGACCUCCUGGCAAACCAGGACAAUAUGGUUUACCAGGCAUUCGAGGCGAGAAAGGAGAGAGUGGGAAAAAGGGCUUUGAGGGAGAGAAGGGGGAACUUGGACCACAUGGUCCUCCAGGGGGGGAUGGACUGAAGGGGGAACAGGGCCUACCUGGGGAAAAAGGGAGACAGGGGCUGAAGGGAGAACAGGGGGAUAUUGGCCCAACAGGUCAAAGAGGGACCCCUGGUCUACCAGGGAUGCCUGGCCUGUUUGGAGAAAAGGGUUUAAAAGGAUAUCCAGGAUUAACUGGUCCCGAAGGAAAGAGGGGACCUCCUGGUCCACCAGGCCUUCCAGGUCCACCGGGCUUCUCUCUGAACCUAACACUGACUCAGCUAAAAACCCUGCUGGACUCCCUUCAGCAAGACCUGCGAUCCUUCAUCGAUCCUCCAGAUGGCUCUAAGGAGCAUCCAGCCACCACCUGCUUGGAGCUGAUGAUCAGUCAUCCUAACUUGACCAGUGGAAUGUAUUAUAUCGACCCAAAUCAGGGCAGUCCUGCUGAUGCUUUGCUGGUUUAUUGUAACUUCAGUGCAGGUGGACAAACAUGUUUGCCACCACUGCACCCACAGAUCCCCAUGAAAUCAUGGCUCAAAGACACCAUGCCAGACUCAUUUACAUGGUUGAGCACUAUAGAUGGCGGCUUUCAGUUUGAUUACAUGGAAACUGGUGUGGUACAAAUGAGAUUCCUACGACUCAACAGCAAGUUUGUGAAGCAGAACAUCACAUUUUCAUGCCAGCCAAACAGCCACCAGGCCUCCAAUGAAAGAGACAUCAAGUUUCUUGCAGAUUCAAGAAGACAGAGCUUCUUGGGAACAUUACUGGACUGUGAACCUGUAGCGUCCCCGUAUAUAGGCCCUCGGGAGUCUGUGUUCCAGUUUGAGACUGAAGACCUGGAGCUUUUACCAAUCAGAGACCUGGCUUUAUUUGGCCACAGCGACACAACAGAACAGUUUCAGUUUACUGCAGGACACGUCUGCUUCAACUAAAACACAAACACUCAUUGAGGACUACCCUUACCGAGUAGCUCUCUGCUGAGAAAGGCAGAGCCAAGAACAAUUAGCAAAAUCAAAUCAGGACUUUCUUUCCUCGACUGUUCUCCAUCUGCUGAGGGAAUGGAGGUUCCUGAUGAAGUUUUCACCUUCAGUUUACAGUGUACCUUCAGUACUGUAAACUGAUUUGUUGUCUAGUGGCAACAGCAAUCAGAUGUGCAGCUUCUCAUGAGGAGAUGUAAUAUAUUGUUGUUUACUGUUUACAAUGCUUGUUUUCUGUUGAUUAUUUAUAUAAUGCCAGGAUGUUACUUCUCACUUUAAGAACAAUUCACCUCCACAAACCCUGAUUUCCUCAACAAAAACAACAACAUUCAAUUCAGGUUUUGUUGGACCUUCUGAUAAAGAGCAAUGUGAUAUACAUUACAUGACCAGAAGAGUAUGAACACUUUAACACCACACUUGUAUGUGCUUGAUGAACAUUUAAUUUUAGGUUUGUCCACUCUAUACUGCUGUAACAAGUUCUGUUCUUCUUGGAAGGCUUUUAAACAUGAGUGGUCAUGUGAUGGAUGUUGCACUCAAAUUAACUAUUAUAUAAACGAUGUGCCUCAGAUAUAUAUCAGGCACUGCAUGUGAAGUCUAAUAACAUGAUUUAAUUAGUACAAAGAAUAUUUUUGGUCAAACAGUUGCUCUUGGACCAUUGUUUUAAUGGUGGAUCCAGUGGAAUUUACGGUAACACUUUCUAUGAAGCCUGUAUUUAUAAUACAU